UUUGGACUAUAAAAAUGAUAAAAGUUUUUUCUUUAUUAUUUUUUGUCUUUCUUUACUUCUUUAUUCAUUCCUUUUUAUUCUCUGUCACUCCUUUUUUCAUAAAUGCGUGUCUUGUCAUUAAUUGCUGUUGCCACUGCACUCGCUUCAUCUGCUGUUUCCGCUUCCAAGAACAGCGUCCUUACCUACUCUGUCUCUUGUAAGACUACCUACAUUGUACAAAAUGGCGAUACCUGUAGUAAAAUCGGCAAAAACUUCAACAUUUCCACCACCAGCAUGAAGAAAUGGAAUCCUUCCAUUAACUCUGGCUGUACUAACUUAUACAUUGAUCAAAUUCUCUGUCUUAGCGCUCCCACAACUCAGUCUAGUGCCGUUCCCAUUGGUACCACCACCGGAAAGACACCUACAUCCACCAAGAGUACCGCCGCUGCAACCACUACUGUUCUCACUAUUGCUGGCUCUCAAUGUACCAAAGAUGGUGAUUGUGCUGGUGCUCGUUGUUGUAACCUUGCUAAUAACCAAUGUGUUCUUGACCCUGAAAACAACAUUUGCGGUAUCCUUCCUGCUCCUGCUGCCCCCACUUCUAGUGACAGCACUGCUUGUUACCCCGGUUCUUAUGGUUUAGGAAACGGUGAUGGUUACAAGAGCUACUGUUGUAAGACUCAGGCUGAUUGUAAAGAUGAUUGUAUCAGUGGUGCUUGUAAUGGUCCUGUCAACACCAAGACUACCUCUGUUAAAGGUACCAAGACUAGCACUGCCAAGGCUACCACCACCGCUGUCACUGGUUGUAUUGCCGGUUCUUUCGGUUUAGGUAAUGGUGAUGGUUAUAGCAGCUACUGUUGUAAGACUCAAGCCGAUUGUCAAGAUGACUGUAUUAACGGUGCCUGUAAUGGACCUGUUAACACCAAGACCAAUGCUCCUACCAAGACCUCUGCCAUCAAGACUACCACUGCUGCCCCUGUUGCUACCAGUGCCCCUUCUGGUUUAACUGUUCAAGUCAGCUCUAGUAAAGAUUUCUGUCUCUUCUUGCCUCCUUCUCCCGGUAACAAGGUCAACAAUGGUGGUAAGCAAGAUAUCGAUGCUAUUGCUUCUUCAGAAAAGUUUGCCGUUGCUUUCUGUACCAAGCCCAAUAUUAAUGCCCAAGGUGCCGGUAUCUUGCCUGCUGGAUUUAUCACCAAAGCUGUCUAUCAAACUAACUCUGCUGCUGGUUUCGUUCAAGUCCGUGGUACAAUCAACCGCAAUGCCUAUGAAUUAAGUGCCAAGGACGAAGGUGGACAAUAUGAUAACCACGGUGCUGGUUCUCCUCCCAAAUCUGCUUGUGCUGGUUACCCUUAUUACGUUUCCUUGGUCGAGCCUAGCACCAACGAUUUCUGUAUUCGUUGUUGCGAGACUUAUUCCGACUGUAAUGCUGGUAGAAGUGCUUACGGCUGUAACCGUGUCGUUCCUGCUCUUUAAGUAAUAAUAAUAAAAAUAAUAAUAUCUAUUCAUGCAAUACUUACGAAAAUGUUGAUUGUAUGACAUCAUGCUGUUAUGCUGUCAGUGCUUUC